UUAAGGAAAGCAAUGACACAUUUGGUGGAGAAUGAUAUCGCUAACGAUGGCAGUUGGCAAAUUUCGAUCUUAGUUACCGACUUGAACAUUCAACGAAAUUUAUAUGUAACCGGAUCGUUGCACAUUGGUGGCUUAAUGCUUAGGCUGGUCGAUGAAGUUGAUGUGAGCAAAGAUUGGAGUGAUCAUGCACUUUGGUGGCCCGAAAAAAGACGCUGGCUUACGCAUACUCGUAGUACUCUAGAUCAGAUUGGUAUUACUGCAAAUUGCAACUUAGAGUUCACUCCUCAGCACAAACUGGCAAUAGUGCAGUUACCAGAUUUACAAAUGAUUGAUGCACGCUUGGAUUUUUCUGUGAAUAUUGUUCGUGCCACGCAGCAACUUUGUCGAGAAAUCGGCAUAAGAUACUCUGAAGAAUUAUCGUUAGUACGAUUUAUACCACCAGAACUUCUUAGGAAAGGUCUUGGAUUUGAGCUGGAUCAAGUUGGUCCGCAGCAGCUGGCACACUUGGAGGAAUCUAUUGGUCCUGGCACCCUUCGCCGACAGAAACCGAUCAGUGCAUCUACUUCAAAUUUAUCUCGACCACUUCGUCGAGGUACCAGUCCGGGAUUGUCAACUAGUGGCCAGAUAUUUAAUGCUAGUGAGCUUGGUUCACUUCCUCGUGCAGGAACAGUUCCACGAGGGGUCAGUCCUGGUCCUGGUGCAUAUGGUGGUUCAAUUGGCCGUAACCCUAUUAUGCCUUCCGUCUCAUUCUGUGAAGGGCUCGAAAAUGAACAGUAUGAUAUGGCGCUUGUGCACUCACCGCGAAUUAUUCCAAGUAAAGAAAUGAGUAUCUUUAGGCCACAAAAUUAUGUAGAAAAAGCAGCGCUCAAUCGUGGUUGGCUUGAUUCAUCAAGGUCUCUUAUGGAACAAGGCAUAUCCGAAGGUGACAUGGUCCUUCUGAGAUUCAAAUACAUGUCGUUUUUUGACAUAAAUCCUAAGUACGAUCCAGUGCGUAUUAAUCAGUUGUACGAACAAGCCAAAUGGUCGAUUUUAUUGGAAGAAUAUGAUCAUACCGAAGAAGAAGCAAUGCUUUUUGCUGCAUUGCAAUUGCAAGCUACCCUGCAGCGUGAUCUGCCAGAACCAGAAGCUCCAGAGAAAGAUGAUGUGGAUUUAUUACUUGAUGAACUUGAGCAAAAUCUGGAUGCUGCAGCUUUCAAUCGUAAGGCAGAUCUUACGCAAGUCCCUGAACUUGCCGAUUAUCUCAAAUAUAUGAAGCCGAAAAAAAUAGCAUUCAAAGGCUUUAAACGAGCGUAUUUCUCAUUUCGAGAUUUACAUCUCAGUUGGCAUCAAAAUUCAAACGACAUGAACGGUCCACCAGUGGGGCAUUUCAGUCUCAAAGGAUGUGAGGUAACACCAGAUGUUUUCUUGGCACAAUCAAAAUUCCAUAUCAAAUUGCUUAUACCAAGUAGUGAAGGUAUGAGCGAAAUGAUUUUAAAAUGCGACACGGAACAUCAGUAUGCACGUUGGAUGGCUGCAUGUCGCCUUGCUUCGCGUGGAAAAACAAUGGCUGAUGCGAGUUAUCAGUCAGAAGUUGAUUCCAUCAAAAAACUUCUGCAAAUGCAGUCAGGAGUGGCAGGGGCGCAGAAUAACACGCUGAAGAAGCACCAUGCUGUGGAAUUGCCUCCUGAUUUCAAUGUUGAUGAAUUUGUUUCGCAGAGGUAUGCUCGCAGGGCGCGUUCAAGACAAGCACUCCAACAACGAAUCACUGAAGCACAUUCAAGUGUUCGAAAUCUGUCGAGCACGGAAGCGAAGUUACAAUACAUACGAGCAUGGGAAGCACUACCAGAACACGGCAUCCAUUACUUCGUCGUUCGGUUCAGGAAUAGUCGGAAGUCGGAAUUGAUGGGCAUCGCUUUCAACAGAAUAAUGCGAAUGAAUAUGGAUACGGGAGAAAGUCUGAAAACAUGGAGGUUUUCGACGAUGAAAAAAUGGCACGUGAACUGGGAAAUUCGACAUCUAAAAAUACAAUUCGAGGAUGAGGAUAUUGAAUUCAAACCUCUGUCUGCUGAUUGCAAGGUUGCACAUGAAUUCAUUGGUGGCUAUAUUUUCCUAUCGCUGCGAAACAAGGAACAAAAUCAAACAUUAAACGAAGAGCUUUUCCAUAAAUUAACUGGUGGAUGGGCUUAAAUCAGUAGUGUUUUUUCUUAUGAGAUUUUUAUGCAGUUUGACAUUACUGCCAACAAUUUAACAGAACAUCAAAAGUGUUAUCUUAAUCUGGAAUUAAAAUUAGCAAAACAGCUAUAUAUCGACAUAAGCUCCAGGCUAACUUAUUGUUGCACAUAGUUCUAUGCAGUCCCGCUAUGAGAGAUAUUGAUGACCGAACUCUAUUAACAGCAGAAGUGCUAGCGAUUCAGAUUAAAUUUUAGAAAGCAUACUACAGAAAUCUCUUGGUUAGUUCUCACAUAACUGAAUACAUCGUCGAUAUAUAUUUGUUUCUUUUUUUGUAUUUGAUGCUGUAUCUCCAUUUUUUUUAAAAUUUACUCCUCUUUGUGUGCCUUUGGUUUUUUUUAAUUUGUAAUUAUCCGAAUACCUGUUAUCCUGUCAUCAUGGUUAGUUUUAUAUUGCUUUUCACUUUUUUUCUACAGUCAAAACUGCCUCGGCCAUUUGACAGUGAUAACAAAGAAUUUAAUAAAAUGCUGGUCACACAUGCUAUAAGUUCUAUCAUAUUUCAAACGUGGAUCAUAUAAAGUCAUUCCAGC